UAUCUGGGAUUAACUGCAGAUGAAGAUCAGAUAUCUGGGAUGGAAUGGAAUUCAAUACUUAUGACCGGGUGGGGCACGCCAGGCACUGAGAAUGGGCAACACACAUUCGGAGGGUGCGGUGCAGCGGGAGCGGGAGGCUGUCGAGGUGCUGAGGAAGGACAGGGAGGAUGAGAAAGCAGGCUGGAGGUCGAACCCCGGCAAGGACGAGCAGCCGAGAGCACCGCCGGCGCUGGCCUGCGGCCUCGAGCCUGGGGUGGACUCCCAGGCCAGGGAGGGGGACGCCAACCCCCAGAGGGGCUUCAGCGAUGACCCGGCGCCAGCCCUUGGGACCGCUGCAGAUGCCAAGGUGAAGCCGAGCCAGGGCAAGAAGAGGAAGAUUGCCAAAGCCCGGAAGUGGGCGUCCGGCCAAGUGGCCUUUCAGGAGCCAGUGGUGGACAAGCCGGUGGGCGAGAGGCUGCAGCCCCUGGGCCGGGCAGGGCAGGGCAGGGCGUCCAGCUCUAAACCCGGGGUGGACCCGCUGAGGGCAGUGCCGCCUCCGGGCUUCCUCCAGCAGGGGAGGGAAGCGGGCCCGGACUGCCAGCCGGGGUCCCCGAGGCCGGGAGCAGGCAGCAGGGUCCCGGAGAGCAUGAAGCAGGACCCCUCCGACACCCGGUGCCACAAGGCUGGCACCGGGUCAGCCCAUAGGGGGCAGGGGGAGCCCACAGGGCCUCUCCUCCAACUCCUCCCCCCCCUCCCCCCCACCAGCCAGAACAAAGGGGGCAAGAGGGCCCAGCUGUCAUGGGCUCCCCAGGGCGAGACGGGGCCCACCACAGCCCAGAGCAGCCAGGGAUCCACCAAUGGGAAGGAGUCACCCUGCAAGCUGAUCAAGCUGAGCACCAUCCAGCCCACUCCUGGCCCUGUGGUGGACAGGGGGGCUCAGGGCCACAGGGGGCAGCAGGAGGGGCAGCUGCCAGCCAGGCAGGAGGGGGAGGUCGGGAAGCCCAGCUCCCCGGCCACGGGGUCUGAGGCCCAGUCCCGGCCCGACCGCCUGGUAGCGGCCAAGGUCAGAGUGGACACCCCAGCCUGUGUGAAGCGGGCCCUGGGCCCAGCGCCGGAUCCCACUCCCUGCCCUGGCCGACUCAAGACCCACUCAUUCCUCACCAAGCGGGGGGCCCACGUGGACCCGGCCCCGGGCCCACCGGGCACGAUGCCUCCCCGGGUCGACCCACUUUCGGUUGGUGCCAAGCCCGCCCCCGGGGCCAGAAAGGGGACCCCGGCCAGCAUCUCCUACGCCGAGGCCCUGAAGCAGGGGACCCCACCGGCGAGCCCCCGGGAACACACAGUGCUCCCGUCUGGAGGGGCCCAGGUGCCCAGGCCUGAGCUGGGCAGCCCCAAGGAACCCAGAGAUGUGCCGCAGGUCCAGGAUUCUGCCUCUGCGGCCUCCAAGAAGAAGCUGCCCUUCUACGAGCAGCUGAUUGCCAGCCUGAAGAGCCAGGCCCAGCGGCAGAGGGGCAGCAAGGUGCAGAGGCCGAUCCCAGGCCAGGAGGGGCCGGACCAGUGCAGGCCGGCCAAGGCCGAGGCCGAGGCCACGCAGGAGGCCCCGAGCACCGGGCCAGUGAUGGCCGAGACCCUGGCCCUCCCCGGCCCCGAUGCACAGCCUGAGCCAGAGCCUCCCCCGGCCCCACAGCUCUCCUUCCAGUUGGAGGCCCACCUCCGGCCCCCGCAGCCAGGGGCGGCUAAGGCCGAGGGCGACUUUGCCCCCUGGGUCCAGCCCAUCUUUCGGUUCCAGAGCCAGCUGCUGCCCCGGGAGGAGGCCGAGGUCUACCGCAGCAUCUCCUUCCUGCCCCAGGGCCCAGCAGCUGGCCCCCCGCAGCAGCACCCGCCCAUGGCCGGAACCGGGCCUCCGCUUGGCGUGUUGUCGCAGUCCUGGCUGAGGCUGCAGGACAGCACGUCCUGCAGGCUGCAGCUGCAGCCCCUGGCCGAGGCCUGGCCCGAGCCCGGGGCCUCCACACCCUCUCUGUACCCCUGGCCCGGGGUCGAUGGCCCGGCGCUGGAACAGCUGCCGGUCUGGCCCAUGCUUGAAGGCCAAAGCCAAGGGCAGGCCGAGCUUGGCACUGUGGCCCAGCUGCAGUGCCAGCAGCUUCUCAGGCCCGCAGCCCCAGUGCCGCUGCAACUGCAGCUGCAGAUCGCCUGCAACAUCCAGCAGCAGUCUCAGCCCCCUGCCCAGGACAAGGCGGCCUUGCAGCAGCAGCAGAAGCUAACCCAGCCCCAGGCCUCUCCCAAGGUCCAGCUCCAACCUGAACCCAGGGCUAACUCCAAACCCUCGGCCCCAGCUCCUGCCCAGCCCAAACUGGCUGCCAGCAGGCCUCCGAAGCCGGAGCAGCUUCCUCCCAGGGCCCCUGCCCAAGUCUCAGCCUCGGCCAAGGCCAGGCCACAGGCGCAGGCUAAAGGGCGGAAGGUGCCGCCCUCCUGCCCGGCCCAGCUGCAGGAACCGGCCCAGGCGGAGGCAGCGCAGAGGCCAGCUGGACGCUGGGCGGCCUUUCAGGUGGACAAAACCUGCACCAGGAAGUGUCACUGCCGGCAUCGGGAAGACCAGCUGCCGAGGAACAUCACGGCCUGGUGA